GACGACGACGAAGAAGAAGAAGAAGAGGAAGAAAAUGAAGACGAAGAGCAAGUUGCAUCCCGCCAAAAACUAAGAACACGAACGAUAGAACAGUCGGAUUUCUUCAGCACCGUUAAUCUCCUUCACUUUUUUUUUUACAAUUCGGCCGGACCCAGGGGAAUAGGAGGAAGGACUUCAGUCGGACCCUUCUGGAGGAAGCUGAAGAUAGUUUGCUCAGCAGUCACAGUGAUGAGUGAGUCACUACAUGGAUAUGGGUGGAUGUGGAUCAUUAAUCGAAAGGUUGCUGGUUCAAUUCCCGGCUGUGCACGAAUGAGUUUCCAGAUGGUGUCCUCCUUUUGGAUUUUACAUCUCUCGUCCUCCCAAAUCUGAGUGAGACGACGUCUUCAGUCCAUGAAAACUGUGAUCCAGCCGUAGUGAUGUUUGGAAGAAAACCUUUGACAGCUGCACUAUUGCUGAUUCUUGUGAUGAAUAUCUUCAGAGGACAUGCACUACCAUGUCAUCCAUCAGAGUAUCAGAGAGGGAAUGAAUGCUGUCCUAAGUGUCUUCCUGGAAGUCGAGUUAAAACAGAUUGCACAGAGUUCAGGAGUACUUCCUGUCUGUCCUGCACUGAGGGAACCUUCAUGAAUCAGCCUACAGGACGGACACAAUGUUUGUCCUGUACAGUCUGUGAUGCAGGUUCUGGUUUGAAGAUAAAGACAUCAUGUACAACAAAAUCAGAUACAGUUUGUGAACCACAGGAGGGAUUCUACUGUUUGGAGUCUAGAGAGGACAGCUGUAUGUCAGCACAGAGACACACACUCUGUCAACCAGGACAAUACAUCAGACAAUACGGAUCAGCAUUAACAGACACUGAGUGCUCUGACUGCAGUGCUGGAACAUAUUCAAAUGGAACAUUUCCAUCCUGUCAGCCACACACACAAUGUGAAUCAAUGAAUCUUCAGCUGAUAAAAGCAGGAACUGUUUCAACUGAUGUUCAAUGUGGAGAACAAAGUUCAAACCCAACAGGGAUUGUGAUCGGUGUUGUUGUAGGAGUGAUUUUUUUAGUAAUUGGAGCAGCUGUAUUGUGGAAGAAAGGAUGUCUAAACUCAGGAAGACAGCAAGUCCCAGACGGGGACGGCUGAGUGGAGAAGAACCAUCUGUGAUGACUUUAGGCAGUGCAGGUAAGACAGCAGUGUAUUCUUCAUAUAAAUGUUGAUUGACUGAGCACUGUCUGACUGAGCUAACCUCUGUCUUUACAAAUAGAAUAUAUAUAAAUAUAAAGAUGUUGCUGUUUAAACUAAAUAUAUUUCUGUCCUCAGGACGAGACAGCUCAUAUGUAGAAAUGCAGUCAGUGUUUGAACACUGCAGAGUAAAUGUUGUCUAGAAUCCAGUUAUAAUCCCAUUGGAUGCUGGGACAUUGUCUUUGCCGUGUCCAGAAUGUCCUGCACUGUUUUACAAACUGGACACACCCUCUACAGAAAUGGUAAAUGGUAAAUGGACCUGUACUUGUAUAGCGCCUUUCUAGUCUUCCGACAACUCAAAGCGCUUUUACACUACAUGGCACAUUUGCAUAUUCACUCAGUGAAGUCCAUCAAACAGAAAUUAACUCAUUCAUACACAUUCACACCAAUGCACAGCAUCAGGAGCAAUUUGGGGUUCAGUAUCUUUCUCAAGGAUACUUCGACAUGUGGCGGGGAUCGAACCAACAACCUUCCAAUUACGGGGACGACCCGCUCUGCCUCUGCACCACAGCCACCCUGAAGUGCUGUCUGCAUCAUUAUCUCACACAGAUGUAACUGUACAGAGACUGAAGUAGGCCAGGAAGGACAACCUGGAGCAAGAUACUGACUUGCGCAAAAGAAACAGGGGAAAGUGGAAUGUGCAGUCCCUGAGUUCAGAGUGUGUGAGUGGUGGUGGUGGGGGUAGGUGCGGUCCUAGUCUGUGGCAGGGGGCAGAGGGGGAGUGGGGGGUAGUGUGUCCUCAGUGUGAGACGGCUCCAGACUCUUCAUUCAUUGGAUAGCUGAGAGGGACUUCCAGCCAAUCCUCUUCAUGUAACUAUACAUGUAGACUUUAUUGAUCUUCUCUGGUGGUCACACAGUUGGAUCAGUUGGACGGAUACAAUGUGUUCUGAACUGCAACAUGAUGGGACAAAUGGUUUCUUUGACCAAAAGUAAAAAGACUGGAUAAUAGGAUUGGGCGAUUAGACAACUAUAUUGACCUUCAGUGACUGUUGGACAGAUGUUUCUGGUUAAAAAAUGUUACCUGAUCCUACUGGAGAGUAUGCGCUUGACACAUACAAGCAGGGACAGCUGGUAUAUAUGGGCUAACAGGGCUAAGCCCCCCCUAUCUUUUACAGUAAAGAUGAAAAACUGUUCUUAAAAACCUUAGAACAUAUUGUUUUGAAUUUUGGUAGAACCUAGGGCAGCAACAGCUAUAUGAUAUAUCUUGGUUUUUUUCCUGUGAAUGGACUAAUGUAUUCAGCCCAAGCAGAGUAGCGUAAGCUUCCAUUCGAUUGUGAUUGACAGGUGUCCUGACACGCCCCCUUCAUAUGCUGCCCAUUUGGGCUAAAUUCAUUCAGCCCAAAGGCUGACCUUCGACCAAUCACAGCGCAGUAGCUACAGUACAGAGACCUUCGACCAAUCACAGCGCAGUAGCUACAGUACAGUGAGGCUAAUUCGUAGUAUGGCGGGCGUUAGCAUGAACAUGAACGAGGUGGAUUAUUUACUUUCUUAUCAAUUUUCUUUAAAGUCUUUGGAGGAAAAAUUGGAAGUACAGAGAUUGGGAACACAUCAUCCAAACGAUGUUCAAAUAACACAAAAGAACAAACGACAAAAUCGUAAUUUUGUGUUACGUGGUUUCAGCUAACGGACUGGCUAACAGCAAAUGUAGCUAGGAAUUCACUUUUCUGUUUCCAUGUUUGCUGUUUGGAGGAGACACGGCUUGGACCCAACAAGGAAUUGUGGAUUUAAAAUAUUUAUCCAACAAAAUUAGGAAACAUGAAUGCAGCACGAGCCACAUUGAAAAUAGCAUAACGUUGUCAUUGCUGGGUAAAGUGAACAUCGCCUGUCAGCUUAAUGAGGGUCACUGCAUCCUGUACAGAGACACAACGAGCUGGUAAAGAAAACCAGACAUUUACUAUCACUGAUUGUGGACUGUAUUACAGUUUGUGGGGGACAUGAGCUCGCCCUGCGGGGGUCUGAUGAAUCUCCCACUUCACUCCAGCGGGGACCAGUUCUCUUUUUAGACAGUCAAUCAGCCGGUCACCUGUCAAACACACAGGUCGCAAAGUACACGUCUAAGACCACAGAUUCUCUCAAAACGAGACAGGGCCUGGAGAAUUCGUGCUCCAUAUCUGAACUGCUGACUACAGAUGACCAUCAGCCACAUCCAGAUGUGGACAGGGCUGCAGCCGUUGCAAUGCGGCUGUAACGCCACGCUGAUAAUGUGUCAGUAGCCACACAGUGCAGAAGAAACUGAAAGGUGAGCUGAUGGUGAGGUUCAGCACUGUGGAGUUUGACAUGGUGAUUAACCUGUUUGCGUCACAGAAAGGCCGUCGAUGUGAGCGGCGUUUUAAAUAAGGUCUGCCCAAGCUCUGAAACAACUCUCUCUUCUACAAAUAAUUAUUUUUGCUUUGGUUUUAUAGAUUUAUUUCUGGUACAUGGUGUUGCAAAUUGUUGCUGGUACUUUUCCAAAAUGUAGUUGUAGCGCAAUUGGCAUGUGCUGAUGUGUACAGAGGGGAGAGAGAGAGAGAUUUUCUCGGCAUCAGGUAAUUUUUUUUGGGUAUGUCUCCCCAGUGUUGCCGUAGAGCACUUGCUAUAACAAAGUAUACAAUGUUGUUGCUGUAACUUGAUGUGAUGCUGCUGUUGCUGCAGCUUACUUAGACUAAAAGCUAAUGGAACAAUGGCCAAGCGUUACAGAGAAGAAAACACUGAAUUUGAAAAUUAUUAAUUAUGAAAAGCCUAUUAAAUAUGUAUGAUUGUUAAGAAAUAAAGAAAAUACAUAAUAGAGGGAAAGAAUUGUAUAAAAAGUUCUUGAAAAUAUCAGAAAAAGUCAUCUGUAAUAUUCACAGAAUAUCUACUUAAAAUGUAUUACUCGUUUUACACAAACUUUCUGCAUUGUGUUCAGUGUUUGGGUCCACUGUACAGUUAAUCUAUUCUCCACUGUUGUUGUUAUACACUGAAUAUAAAGUGAAAUGUCCAUCAAAUAAGUUAGGGGUCAGUUUACUUAAUGAUAGAAAAGGGGUCCCUUAAAGCAGAAAGGUUGGGAACUACUGCAUUAGAGCCAUGGAUGUUGAUCUGUUUGUUCUGAAACCAUACUGUCUGUCAGAAAUGUGUACUUCUCAAUAUUCUAUUUUUUUAUAUGUAUAUAUGGGUUUGUUUGCAUCUGUAGAUAAAGGUAAAAUGUGUAUAUAUCAUUAUGCUAAUGAGUGCACUGUCAUUGUAUUAAUGUUAGAUGCGUGUUAUUUAAAUGCUCAAUGUUAAUAGUUCCAACAUCUAUAAUAAAUAGUUUUUUGAAA